AUGUCGUCCUUCACUCAAAUGAUGAUCGUUAAAACAUUGAAUCAAACAUUUAGCGACACGACAAUAUCCAAUGAAUCAUCAUCUUCAACUUUGACAAUCAUUUUAUCUCCGCAAACACGUUUCUGGAUUUUUCUAGCUUUUGAAAUUCCAGCCGUUUUUUGUUCCAUUUUUCUUCUCUACGGCCUAUGUUCUGAUCGAACACAAAGGAAAGCCCUGAACAAUCAUGUCAUCAUCGUUAUUCUCGUCUUGUCAUUCCUUAUGCUCAUUGUUGACUUUCCAAACUAUCUAUCAGUUCUUUAUUCUGGUUCGGUGUUAAUCAAAUCACCUGUGAACUGUUCUAUUUGGUUAUUCGUUGACAUUGCGUGUUUCUACGGCAUCGGUAUACUGAUGGCGUGGGCAUCGAUUGAAAGGCAUAUUCUAGUUUUUCAUAAUCAAUGGCUUAUCAGUAGAAAGAAUCGCAUCUUGCUUCAUUAUUUGCCAAUUGUUGCCGUCAUUUUGUACCUGUGCACUUUCUAUACCAUUCUGAUAUUCUUUGCACCGUGCCAGAAUGUAUUUUACUAUGACCAGUUUGUAUGUUCAGGUGCAUGCGCUUAUCAAUUUGGAACGAUUGGUUUGACAGAUGGAUUUCUUAAUGGCGUUGUUCCAUGUUUUCUAAUCAUGAUAUUUAACAUUCUAUUGCUCUGUCGCGUCAUUAAACAAAAACAACAUCUUCAACAACGGAUUGAUUGGCAUCGCAUCGCUGAUUUACAUACAAUAUUAUGCCAUCUCGACCAACGUCAACAUCGACUCAGUGCAUGAAAACGUUCAUCGAGCACAGCGUCAUCGGAUGGAUCUCCUGCUCAUCGUUCUUCAUCACAUCGAUCAACUGCCGAACGAGAUAAGAAGCGAUCUCGACGAUCUUCCAGUCGAGAAAAACGCAAACGCGAUGGAAAAUCUUCCAAAAAACACUCGAAAAAGAGCAGUAAAUCUCAUCGAUCUGAAUCACGAAGUCGAGAAGAUUCAUCAACGGUCGACAAAGAACGAAAAGUGUCUCAAACUUCAACGGCUCAAGCAACGCCAGUAGCAAUAGUUUCUAACGAACCACUCGACAAAGAAGCAGAACGAAAACGUCUUGAAGAAGAAAUGCAAAAACGCAAGAACCGAAUUGAACAAUGGCGAGCCGAACGUCGAAGUAUGCUCGGGAUUGAUAAAGUUCUGCAACAGUCCACUGCACAAAUCGCUAAGGGUAAAACAUGGUCACUGGAAGACGAAGGUGAUGAUGAAGAUGAUGAAUCUCAAAGUGUUGGAGCAUCAUCUACUGAUGUUAAACGUGAAAUUGCUUCGGCACGGGAAGCAGCCAUAUCGUUCCAUGCAGAUAAACAACGAGAAGCAAUGGAACGUGCUGCUCAAGCAGCUGCAGCUGCAGCUGCAUCGUUACUCUGUGCCAAUAAUGAAAAGGUCGAGGAUGACGAAGAAGAUCCAUUGGAUGCAUACAUGAAAGAUAUUGCUAAAGAAACCAAAAGUUAUCGCGGUAACACUGCAUCAGUUGUCUCAAAGAAAGCCAACGAUGCUAAUACAACUGUAAUUAAACAAGAGCAAUCAAUAAAUGGCAAAGGUUCUAUUGUAAAAGUGAUAACCAAAGUUGUUAAAAAUGAACCAGCCCAACCGGCUACUACUUCAACGAACAAUAGUAUUGCACUGGAAACAAAUGGACAUCAAGAAGAUUCGUCUGCAAUGAAAAGCGAACCGGUGGACACGGACGCGGCUGCAUCCCGUGUCACUGUUCGAAGUGGUGUUGCAAAACGUGCCAAAGAAAAAGGUCUCAUUAUGGAACAAGACAUCGAUGGGUUAGAAUAUUCAUCCGAAGAAGAAGCUGCAAAGCCCAGCGAAGAACUCGAAGAUCUUUUUGCAAUGAGUACGAAGAAAUCGAAAGCGGAAAUGAUUACAACCAAUCAUGAUAAGAUCUAUUAUCGACCAUUUCGUAAAGACUUCUACACUGUCGUGCCAGAGAUAGCAAACAUGACUGACCUCGAAGUGGCCGCUUAUCGAGAAGAACUUGAUGGCAUCAAAGUUGUAGGCAAACGAUGUCCUCGACCUAUCAAAACCUGGUCGCAAUGUAUAACCUCUGAUAAAAUCUUGCGAACACUAAAAAAGUACAAUUACGAAAAGCCAACACCUAUUCAAGCUCAAGCACUCCCAAUUAUUUCGUCAGGUAGAAAUAUGAUCGGUAUCGCCAAAACGGGAAGCGGAAAAACAUUAGCUUUUGUUUUACCAAUGUUUCGUCAUAUCAAAGAUCAGCCACCACUUGAAGGCGAUGAUGGUCCAAUAGCUCUGAUUAUGACUCCAACACGAGAAUUAGCUUUACAAACAGUAGCAGAAUGUCGCAAGUUUGGAAAAUUAUUUAACAUUCGUUGUGUUGCGGCUUACGGUGGAACAGAAAUAUCGACUCAAAUAGCAGAAUUAAAACGCGGCGCAGAAAUCAUUGUCUGUACACCAGGACGUAUGAUCGAUAUGCUUGCUGCUAAUGGCGGUAAAGUAACGAAUGUUCGACGUGUGACAUACGUCGUUGUCGACGAAGCUGAUCGAAUGUUUGAUAUGGGAUUUGAACCACAGGUCAACAAAAUUCUCGAGAGUAUUCGUCCCGAUCGCCAGACAGUUAUGUUUUCUGCAACGUUUCCUAAACAAAUGGAAGCGUUAGCACGUCGAGUUCUUCACAAACCAAUCGAAGUAACCGUCGGUGGUCGAAGUGUUGUUUGCAAAGACGUCAUUCAAAAUAUUAUCAUUCUUGAUGACGAACAGAAAUUUUUAAAACUACUUGAACUACUCGGUAUUUAUCAACCGUUAGGAUCAGUUAUUGUGUUUGUCGAUAAACAAGAGCACUGCGAUGAAUUAAUGCGGAAUCUAUUGAGACAUUCGUAUACAUGUAUGUCAUUACAUGGUGGCAUUGAUCAAGAUGAUCGUGGUUCGACCUUAAUCGAUUUUAAGAAUGGCAAUAUGCCAUUGCUUAUUGCCACGUCGAUUGCUGCACGUGGUUUAGAUGUUAAAGACUUAAUUCUCGUCGUGAAUUAUGACUGUCCAAAUCAUUAUGAAGAUUAUGUACAUCGAUGUGGACGAACUGGUCGCGCAGGAAAUACUGGUUAUGCUUAUACAUUUUUAACGCCAGAGCAAGACCGGUAUGCCGGCGCUUUGAUAGAAGCAUUGCGAACAGCUGGUGCACCUGUACCACAAGAAUUAGUGGACUUGUGGGACAAUUACGAGAAGAAAAUGAAAGCCAUGGGCAAACAAGUGAAGAAAUUCGCUGGCUUCGGUGGACAUGGUUAUAAAUUUGAUAAAUCUGAAACGGACCUAAAAGACGAGCAAAAGAAAAUGCAGAAGGUUGUCAUGGGCUUGGGCGAUUCAGAUGAGGAUGAAGAAAGUCAAGAUAUUGAUCAGCAAAUCAAUUCCCUAUUUAAAAGCAAGAAAUCAAUCAAAGCGAAAGGUGAUGCGCCCGUCUUACCGAAUGCUGCAACGAAUUCAAAUGACGAUGGUUCUGCUGCGACUGCCGCCAAUGACACAGCAUCGAAAUUGGAAUUAGCAAAAAAGGCUGCCGCUCGGUUGACAUUUACAAAAUCAGAAACACGAGAUUCGAUACAAGAAGCAACAACAUCAUUGUUUCAACGUGGCGGUACAUUGAAUCAAUCUGUUUCGAGUCGUAUCGUUGCUCAACAACGUGCUGGUGAAUUGAAUCAAAAACUAAAUUAUCAAAAACCAGAAGAAGAAACUCAAGUAACAGAAGAUGCAUUCAAAGUUUUUGAAGAAGAACUCGAAAUCAAUGACUUCCCACAGAAUGCUCGAUGGAAAGUAACUAGUAAAGAAACCUUAGCGCAUAUCUGUGACUAUGCUGAUGUGGGCAUGUCUGUACGUGGUCAGUAUUACCCAAAUAAUAAGGAAGUUGCACCUGGUGAUAGAAAACUUUAUCUCCAAAUCGAAUCCCUGACUGAACGUGGCUUACAACUAGCUAAAGCAGAAGUGGCACGAUUGAUCAAAGAAGAAAUGAUGAAAAUGCAAAAUCCAGCUUUACAACUUGUUAAUCGCGGUCGAUAUAAAGUUAUUUAA